UUAGAUCAUGUCGAUACCUAUCUUUCCUCUUCACCGAAGUGUCAAAAAAUACACGCAAGAAAUUCUGAAAAUAGGGGUAUACAUUCUGAUCAGCCACAUUUAAAAAAAAGUCUGUCGCAAAAUAUUGAAAUUGGAAGCUAUGCAGUGGGAAAUGUAGAUUAUGCAUCUUAUGAAUAUGGAAAAAGUUCUAUUUAGUUCACUAAUCACCGUUUUUUUCAUAAUCCAAUGAUAUUUUAUGCGGGUUUAUUUGCAAAGUAGCAGUUAUUUUCUUUUUAAAUCACGACUUACCACAUUUACCGUAAAUACGGUGAAUUUGGUCUGAAAUUUGGUAAAUCUGGUAAAUUUACGUUCACUCUUAAUCGUAAAUAGAGAAUUAGACUGAGGAGAAGCGUACACUAAGUGAUACAGACGGGUUAUUAAUAACAUCAAUGGCGUUUGGGUUCGAGUGCUGUGUUUUAUUUAUGCGGGACUGUGUAGGAUUGAAAUCAGCGUUAGCGUAUAGCGCUUGGACUAAUUAGAAGCUGCGACUUUUCAAGUACUUAAAAUUAUUUCGAGUGAUGAAUCAUUAAGAUAAUCUCAAAUAAAAAUGGCACGCCCGAGACACAAGGAAAGAUCGGAUAUAUGCGCUGAUUGCGGAACACUUGGGAUAAACCUACUCGCAUUCUUCAGAAAAGUUUCAGAAAUAUUUGAGCCAAGCUGGGCUUCUCUGAAUAGAGCAAUCUUAUUAUGUGACGAAUGCUGCAGCAUUCAUCGCAGUUUGGGGCGUCAUAUUUCCCACAUAAAAUUUCUUCAUAAAGGACCUUGGAGUACGUCCUUGCUAAAAAUGGUGCGAACAUUACAUGACAGUGGAGCAAACAAUAUUUGGGAACAUUCUCUGUUAGAUCCAAAUAAUUCAAAAACCAGUAGAAGAAAGCCGCAAUCUAAGGAUCUAUUGCAUCCCGUAAAGGAAGAUUUUAUCCGUGCCAAACAUCAACAGCUUUCGUUUAUUUUGCGUCCGAGUAAAGAAGAAUUUUGCACAGAAGAAGAAAUCAGUAGACAAUUGCAUAGUAGUGUACGCACUAGCAAUUUAGAAACGUCCCUUCGGCUCCUGGCCCAGGGUGCCAAUCCAAAUUAUUUUUACAAGGAGAAAGGUACGACUCCGUUGCACGUGGCAGCUCGCGCAGGUCAGUCUUUGCAGAUAGAACUACUUAUAACCAAUGGAGGAAAUCCUAGCAUUGUUGAUUCGAGUGGUCAUAGUCCUUCCGAAGUCGCAAAAAUGGCAGGCCAUUUGGAAUUGUCCGAUCGACUUAUCGAAUACAUGUAUGAAGUAACUGAUAAACUGAGCUUCUUUUUAUGCGGACAGAAACCAAAUCACAAAGCAGGACAACAUUUAAUUGUCCCAGAGUGGUCCGUAGAAUCUGAUCGCAGUGAAUUAGCUUUUGGAGCACGCAAUAAGUUGCAAAUGCUACCCAAUCAUUUGCUAGAAGAGUUAGCUAUGGAUGUGUACGAUGAAGUUGAUCGCAGGGAAACAGAUGCAAUUUGGCUCUCAGUUGCUUCUCUUCCGGAUAGAUGUGCAGUUCCAUUUUUACCAGUUAAUCCACGUCUUUCUUCAACGAGAAACCAAGGGAGGCAGAAAUUAGCGCGAUUCACUCCAAAGGAAUUGGCGACUCUCGUAAUUGACCUUCUCACUGAAGCUGGUCAUCGACAUACAUUAGCCAACAAUGCACCGUUGCAAGACCCGGUGUUAUUAGCUUUACGAAAGGAACAAUUCGGAAAGCAUGGUUCUCAAAUGUCGGAUGAUGAACCUCUUUAUGACAGCGUGGCGUCCGACGAUGAUUAUGCAACCUUUGCAUCUGAUAAUGUUACAAGAUUAUCCACAGCACUGAUUUCAGAUAACGAGAAAGCCCUUGCUCCAUUGGCUAAAGGUUUACCCUCUGUGGUGGAAGUACUCAGAAAGCAAUUGAAUCUCUCCGAAUCGACGAUAAGGGAUCUACGGGAAGAAAUUCGUUGUCUACAAAGUUCUAUUGAACGUAUUUUAGAAGAAAACCGUGAAUUGAAAAAUAUGAUCCAGGCCAAAACUUCUGAAGCAAUCAUAAAUGGACAUAUUGGAGGAGAGCAAGAUCCAGAAUUAGAACCAGUACUAGACAUGAAAACUAUCAUAGUUCGGGGGAAUCAACGACCUACUUCUAUGUACGAAACCAGAGAAGGGUUGCGAAAGCCAUCGACUUGGAAUGCAAAUAUAAAUCAGGCUAAGCGGGAGAUUGAAUCUCCAGCUCGGCCGUGUACAACCCAAAGCCUUUGGGAAUAUGGUGCUGCAAGUCGUCCUCCUCGUGAAGAAGUUACUAGGCGAACAGGUCAAGUUACAAAGCGUAUUCAGGAACUCUGGAAUGCCAUGCAGGAUCCGAGUCACAGAGAAGCUUUUGUACCUUGUGCAGAGCGGAUUCGGGUCGCAGUCGCCGAACUUGCUGCAAUUUUUCCUCAGACAAACCCAAAAGUACGUGCUUUCAGCAGUGUCUGGUGGUGUUUAUCGAACCCAGUGGAUGAAAAUGUUAGAUCAGCUUUACGGCAACUAAAUGGUAAUACCGGACGACUUCAAGCCGAAUGUGCCGGUCUGCAGCGAUGUACAAGUGAUCCUGAUCACAUGGAUCGUUGCCUGCAGCAAGUCCGCUCUUGUGCUUACGACAUAGCCAAAGCUACCAAACUCCUCGUUACUCAGUUCCAAGCAAUCUAACUUUUGAAGAUGUUCCAUGUCAAGUGUUUAGAUGUAUAUAUACGCUCAUGUAUCUACUGUCUUUGAGAGGUUCCUCAGCCGACGAUAUUCUAUUUACCAUGCCGAUUAGUUCCUAAAAGAAGAUCUGGGUCAAACGAAAUAAUUAUGUCGUUUAAAUAGUUAAAUAAUUUAAUUUUUUGAAGUAUAAAAACAUCUUGAAAAUUGAUUUUAAGUUAUUUACCUGGUAGAACAUUUGCAAUAGUAAUUCAAUGUCAUAUUUCAUCAAAAAUAAAUAGUAAUUUAAAGCGGAAAGAAUAACAGUGCUACAAUGGGGUCGUUGCAUGAUUUACAACAAUUGUAUGUUUUAAUUUAAAUUGAACAAUUCUUUACAUAUAUAAAAAAUAUUACUUUUCAUACUUUAUUUCGGAGAAAUUUGAAAAAUAAUAUAGUAACAUUUUAAAUGUUACAAUGAACUUCAGUUUUUGAAUCGCUUCUCCCAAUCAGAGCAGAAAAGCGAAGGUUGAUUUUAAUGGUCUUAUUGGAACUAGUCUGAAAUAUGAAACAUAUAUCGUCCCACAGGUCUAUUCUGCCGUUCUAGCAAGAAAAGACGUAGCUACAUUUUGGAUGAGUCUCCUGCCACCCCAAUUUUGGUUAGGUUGACAGGAGGCUCAUCCACGAUGUAGUUACUACUUUUCUUAUUUAGGCGGCAGUAUUAGUGGUUUUAAGAUUUUAAGUGCACGGAAACUAAACCAUAAGGUACCGCUUGAAAAUUCACAUAUAAUUGCACUUAAUGCUUCCACCAUUUUUCCUUCUUUCAAAUUACCACUCGAAUUUUACAUGAUUUUCCUAGAUUUUUACGUGUAUCUCUACGUGGAGUUUUAUGCUAAUUUUCACGUGAAUGUUUUCACCUGGUAUUGUUUCAUUCAUUAGACAAUGAUGACAGUCAGCAUUACAUUAUUUUUAAUCAUAGAAUUAAAUUGUUAUUUAUAAACAAUUACUGAAUCCUAUUACCUCUCAAAGUACGAUAAAGACUGAAUAUUCGUCGUCGUUUGAAGCUAUUUGUCUUUAUCACUUUGUUAUGAAUAAGUGCGCUAAUAUUUGACUAAUUAUAAAAAAGACGAGAUGUUUUCUUAUUCAUCAAGAAAAUUAGCGAAAGUUUUGAACUAAAACAACAAUGCUUUCGAGGAUUAUUAAAGGGGUUGUGAAAUAAUACACGUGACGAUUUUUCCGUUUAAUGUUCUACGAUUGCAUACUUUGUGACAAAAUAUUAUGAAUGAAAAAAAGAAAGAAUAAGAAUGAAGGGCUUUCAUAUAUUCAUUGAUUCAGUGGUGCCUUUUCUGCGGAUUUGGGCAUAAUGUUUUUAAAUAAAAAAUUUCUUUUUACUUUAAGGGUAUGUCGUACUAACCUCAAAGUUAUUUUGCUACAUAUUUUUUGGAACAACUCAUGUCCACACGAAUUGAGAUAUCGAGUCGAAAAAUUGUUUUGAUGUUAAUAUGACAUGGCCUUACGGGGCCAUCCAUAAUAUACGUAACGAAUUUUCCGAAAUUUUGACCACAUUGGUCAUUAAAUUCCAAAAAAUCGAUCUUUGUUCUAUUGCAUUUGACCACAAAUAUGAAACUAAUUUUGUUUAAAUAUUUGACAAAUUAGCAAUACAUAGUCUCCUAGCUCUACUUUGUUUUUUUUCUUGUUAUGCUAUUCGUCCAGAAUAUCCGAAUUAACACUUUCAUUCAACAGAACUUAUCAUAAAGUAAUGGUAAAAAGGCCGAAUCAUGUACGCAAAUAGUAGAAACAGAAAUUAAUGAGAAAUUCUGGGACUUCUAACAGCACAUUUUGGAUUUGCUGAGAUAAAAAGUUUACUGCCUACUUAUUAUGCUUCUUGCAAUUAUUUAUUCGAGGCUUCAAAUCACUGUGUAUUAGGUGUAGGUUUUUCUCCACGAUUUGAUAAAUUUACUAUUCUUUUCUACAAUUGAUAUAUUGACUACUGGCACGCUUGAAUGUAUGUAUUUAUGUUUUUAAAUAUUACAAAAAAUAUUUGAGGCCUAAAAACCUUAAUAAUUUACAUUAAAAAGACAUACUCGUCAUGUAAACGUCGAAUUCGUUAUUGCUGUAUAAUACUAGAAGUCGUUUGAAGAAGAAAGGAAGAGUUAACAUCUGUUAUGGAAAGGUGUAAAUGCUUAACUUACAUUUUUAUUGGAAUAUUUAUAGCAUCAGUUUUUGUUGCUUAAAUAGCCCUCUGUUUAAAUGCUAAGAUAAAAAAAACUGAACAAAUUUGAACAGUUCGUUGUGAAAGUUUGACAAAAUUUAGAUAAAAUAAAACUUUACUCUUCUCAAAAUUAUACUAGACCAAAAUAAUCAAUUAUGCCUUUCCUGCGGAUUUCAGAGAGAAAAAAUAUACCAGAAACGUUACGUUAUGUGUGAAUGGUCUCUUAAUUAACGUGUAAUAAUAACACCGACAUAGCCAUGGAUAUAAUCGAUAUCUACUUUGUCGGAGUUAAAUUUGUAGAACAAUGAGAGUAAUAUUUCGCCAGAAAGUUCAUAAAAAAUAAUUGAGCAAGAAUUUUAAUUGUUCUGCAGAGUUCGAUAGAAGUUCCUGGCCCUGUACGCAAAUAACUGUUAUAUAUAAUGGUAGUAAAACGAGACAUUAAUGCGUAUUAUAUCUAAUGAUUUAAGCAUUUAACUUUACAAAUAUUAUUUCAAGCUCGUGACGACGAGCGAGUCGUACAAAUAUAUUAUGUUUUAUUAACAAAAUUAUCCAUAGUCUUAAUCUUCCUAAGGUCUUGUCAUAUUUUUUUACAUUCUCAUGUAAGUGAAAAGGUACUGGUUUUAUGUAAAAAAUGACCCGCGGAUUUCAUCAAAUAUCGUCGUUCAGAGGCCCCUGAGUCAGUGAAAAUAGUAUUUACGUCGGUGCAUGUCUGUCUGUCGUUCGUUAGCAAGCUAAUUUCAUUCAUGAUUUUUCUCAAGAUAAUAAAAAUUUUUUUUUGCAAGCCUUAUAUUAGCUAAUUUCAUUCAUGAUUUUUCUCAAGAUAAUAAAAACUUUGUUUUUUGCAAGCCUUAUAUGAUUAUUAUAUGAACGUUUUGAAUAUUGUCACUUACUGAGUGAAUUUUAAUAUAUUUGUAUAGGGAAUUGACCAAAUAAAUUAUACUAUUUGUAUUUUU